AUGAGAUUUCCAUUGCCUAGCAAGUUCAAGAUGCCAACACUUGAAAGCUUUGAUGGGACUCGUGAUCCUCUUGAUCACUUCGAGACUUUCCAGGCACUUAUACAUCUCCAAGCUGUACCAGACCAGAUAAUGUGUCGGGCCUUUCCUACCACUCUCAAAGGGUCGGCACGGGUCUGGUUUAAUAAAUUAAAACCAGGCUCGAUCGAGACCUUUGCAGAGUUGAGCAAGGGAUUUGUAAGUCAUUUCAUUGUAGAUCAAAGGCACAGGAGGCCGACCACUCACCUCUUCACCAUGAAACAACAGAAGGGAGAACCAUUACGGGAAUAUAUCAAUCGGUUCAACACCGAAAUGCUGCAGGUGGAUGAAGCUGAUGAUAAGUAUGGCAGAAUUACUGGUCAGAGCCAGGAAACACAUGAAUGUGGAGGAUGCAAUGAGUGCGCAAAAUGGAAAGAAGGAGAAGAUAAAAAGGCGGAUAAAAAGAGACCACAGCCUGGUGCCAAGGACGAGAAGGAGACCAAAUUCAAAAAGUCUUCAAUUAAUCAAAGUGAAAGGACAUCUCAUUACAGGAGCUCAGAUAAGUACACCAACUAUACCCCGCUCACUAUGUCUAUAGAUCAGGUUUUAAUGCAGAUUCAGGAUGAUCCCUCCCUGAAGUGGCCAUCGAAGUUGAAAUCUGAUCCCUCAAGAAGGCCUCGAGACAAAUAUUGCAGGUUCCAUAGAGAUCAUGGGCAUAUCACGAAGGAUUGUAUCAACUUAAAAGAUCAGAUUGAGAAUUUGAUUUGA